UAUCUCUAUAUCGACAAUUGUCUCACGAAACAGAGAUUCAGUGACCACGUGUAUUCAAGAGCAGUUUUGCUUCAUUCUUUAAUAUAUAACCCGUACAGGAAUUAUAUAGUUAUAUUUCAGUGCUUUGAAACUUUCUGUGGAACUAACUUUUUUGUUUUUUUAAGAAAUUCUAAUUUGUGUCUAAGGAAUGGGUUUUCUACUCAAACAAAUCACAGUUUUCCUCGCCUUUCAAUUGUCCAUCUCUUUCUCUUGGGCUAGAGUAUUGAGGCUACCACCAACAGAGGAAAAGGACUUAUUUUUCAGAGGAACGCUUCCAGAUAUUACCACAGCUAACAGACACGACAGUGUAGUAUUGCACUGCAAGGUCGGAGGAAGAGAACCCACUAUUCAUUGGUUAAAAGACGGGGUCAGAAUUCAACAGGGUGAAAGCAGAGACUACAGAAAUGACCAGGCGCAAUAUGAGGACACUGCGGCUGUGACGGGAAAGUCCUUUACGGCAUCCAAGUUAUAUUUAGACUGCGUGGACGAGGCCUCGGAGGGUGUGUACACCUGUAUCGGGGAAACGCCCACUGAAAGAAUCACACAGUCCACAAAUCUCGUCUUAAAACGUCCAAAUGCUGACUUUUUAGAUUUACCCGAAGCGGCAGCAGAGUUUUCUCACAGAACCUGUUUGGAGAAAAGAUCAGUAGGAAACACCGCCGCCAGAAUUUUCCUCUGGACCAGUCUGCGUUUGGAGCUGAUGGGCGAAGCUGUUCAAUUGUUCUGCCGAUCUGAGGGAUCCCCAUCUCCCCAGGUCGAGUGGUUUGAUAAUAAUAGAGAGAAAAUCCUACCAACGUCGUCAGAAUUCAGCGAUUAUGAGAUUUUAGAAAAUGGAGAUCUUCUGAUCAAACGACUUCAGUGGAAACACAUGGGCCAGUUCAAGUGUAGUGCAUCCAACGGUGAGGGUUCCGAUACCCAAGGCAUCUUUAUCUACCCAAUGAACAAUCCUCAAAACUAGACUCAGCAUUUUCCCAAGGAACCAAAAAAAAAAGACCGGAAUUUCUGUCUCGUUUUUUUUCUUCUCCCUAUUCCAAUACUCGUUGUGGCUUCAUAUAGGAGUUGAGACUUUGACAGGGUAUAUGAAUUUUUUUUCCCUCCUGCAUCGAUGAUGCAAAAAAAGGAAGAUUUGUUCCAUUUGCUUUACGACUACACGUAUUUGGCUGGUAGGGACCAUUUCGAGACGAGCCCUUUGUGUGAUAAGGACGGUACUCAUCGUUUGAAUCCAUAUCACACGCAGGAAAGCUUUUGAACGUCUUUGUGUACAACGUUUUACUUGACUUUCCUUUUGAGCAUGCCAUAUCAUUUCUAAGGGAAAAAUGGAAGUCGACGAGCCCACGAAGGCUCGUGUUUUAACUGCCAAGUGAAUGCCCUAUUUGUGAACAACAAAAAAAACUUAUUUAUUAUUUAUUAUUUUUUUUCUUUGUUUAUUUUUGAAAUACUUUGUGCAAUUUCUUGUUGUUAUUAUUGUUAUGUAAUAUUGUUAUUUUCAUCAUUUCAUAAAGUCCACAUUGCAUGAAGUUGGGUAUGAAAGGAUUUCAAAUGCCAGGUGCUGAUAUGUUCUGAAGGCAUUUAAGUGACGAAUGCGGGUUUAUGAGUGAUUUUGAAAAUCUCAAUAUUUGAAACUACAAUACCGAAUUUGACACAAAAAAAUGUCAGUUUGUUAUACAAAUGUUGUAUAAAGGACCAAAGAUGAAAUCAUUCUGAUCAAGAAAUCACCAGAAUGUAUGCGUGUGUCAUGGCGAUUCUUAAUUCAUCUAUUUAUUAUCAUUCUCUCAUCGAUCAUGUGCCAGUCUCACUUCAUUAUAUGUAAGAUAUUAUAUUUUUGUUUUAUUUUAUUGAUUAUUUAUUUUUGCAGAAAUGCAAUUUGUGCUCAAAUUGAAAAAUGAAAAGUUUGUGGUUAAUAAAGAUACCAUGAUACUUAA